AUGGUUUUUGUGUACUGGAUGUACAAGUUGGCGACUGAGAGGCCUAAAAAUUUCCCACCAGGUCUACCGAGAUUGCCAAUAUGGGGUAGUUAUUGGUUUAUUUUGCUGGCGAAUUAUACUUUUUUGCAACUGGCUUUUACUAAAAUUGCAAAAUUAUACAAGUCCAAAAUAAUUGGAUUUUAUGCAGGAGAUUUUCUUGGCGUAGCUGCACAAGAUUAUGAAACGAUCAAAGAAAUUCUGAAUAAAAAAGAAUUUGAUGGAAGAAUGGAUGUUAUAUUAGCAAGAAUGAGGGAUCCAAAAGAAAAUCUGAGAGGUAUAUUUUUUACUGAUGGUAACUUUUGGCAUGAACAACGUCGCUUUGCAUUACGUUACAUGAGAGAUUUUGGAUUUGGAAGACGUUGUCCUUCAUUAGAAGCAAUGAUCAAUGAGGAGUUAAACGAUUUAAUUAAUUUGCUCAAAAACGGUCCAGUAGAGAAAGAUGAAAAUCUGGUUUGCAGAGAUGGUUUAAUAAUGAUGCCAAACAUAUUUUUUAUGGCUUUUAUAAAUUCUUUCAUGGCAGUGUUUUCCCGUGAAAGAUGGCCAAGAAGUAAACAUCAUGAAUUAAUUAAGUUGGGCCGAGGAGCUAUGGUUUUUCAAAGAGCUGGAGAUGAUAUGGGUCGGGCCCUAUCGCAGACCCCUUGGCUAAGACAUAUCAUCCCUGAAAUGUCGGGGUACAACGACCUUAAAAGAGGAAAUAAAGUUAUAUACGAAUUCAUUGAGAAAAAUGUUGAAUCAAUUAUGAAACAACACGAAGACGGAGAUGAUCGCAGUUUUGUGGACAUUUAUUUAAAUGAAAUGACAAAAAGGCAAAAAAAUAUUUUUAAUAAAGAUGAUGAAACAACAUUUUCAGUCGAUCAAUUGAUACUGACGGGGGCGGAUUUUCUCUUUCCGUCGACAACGGCGUUAGGGGUGCAACUAUGUUAUUUAUUUUUUCAUCUGAUGUAUAGACCAGAUGUCCAAGAUAAAAUUCUUGAAGAGCUUGACAGAGUAGUCGGAAGAGGACGAUUGCCAAAUCUUGAUGAUAGGCCACACAUGCCGUAUACGGAGUCAUGCCUGCGCGAAACUAUGCGAAUUGAAACCUUGGUUCCUUUAAAUUUGCCGCAUCGCGCCCAAACUGACACCUCCUUAAAUGGAUACAAUAUACCAAAGAACACUAUGGUCAUAACCAAUUUAUGGAGUAUACACCACGAUUCCGAUAUAUGGGGAGAUCCUGAAGUAUUUCGACCUGAACGAUUUUUGGAUUCACGCGGUUUGUUAAAGAAAAAAGAUAUCACUUUACCAUUUGGAGCAGGAAAACGUUUGUGUGCUGGAGAAACGUUUGCACGUCAGAAUAUGUUCCUGAUGUUUGCAUCCUUAGUUCAAAAUUUCAUAUUUUCACCAGCACCCGGAAAAGAGAAACCGCCGCGCCGGGGAGAACUAUCAGGAUUCAUAAUUUCUCCAAAGGACGUUUGGAUAAAGUACCAAGUGCGGUAUAGUUAA